AUGGGUAGCCACAAAACUUUCAUUCAUCUUCUUCUUCUUGUUCAUUUUUUCCUUCGAGCCACAGCUUUUGCAAACUCUAGGGCUGCUAAUGAGAGUUUCAGUGCGGCUUGCAUUGAGGAGGAGAGGAAGGCCCUCCUUGAAUUCAAAAAAGGCCCUUUCGAAGUGCUUCCUGAUUGGGAUGGGGUAGACUGCUGCAAAUGGGAUGGCAUAGCCUGCAGUUACCAAACAGGCCAUGUCAUCUCGGUACACCUUUCCUUUUAUGCACUCUCUGGUCCACUUCCGAAAUCAAUCGGAAACCUGUCACAUUUGCAUACCUUGGUGCUUUCAGAAAAUGCACUCUCUGGUCCACUGCCGAAGUCAAUAGGAAAUCUGUCACAUUUGCAGAUCCUAAACCUCUCAGUAAAUGCCUUCUCCGGUCCACUGCCAACGUCAAUAGGAAACCUGCCACAUUUGCAGACCUUGGUGCUCUCAGAAAAUGCAAUCUCUGGUCCACUUCCGGCGUCAAUAGGAAACCUGCCACAUUUGCAGACCUUGGUGCUCUCAAGAAAUGCAAUCUCUGGUUCUCUUCCGGCGUCAAUACGAAACCUGUCACAUUUGCAGACCUUGGUGCUCUCAGAAAAUGCAAUCUCUGGUCAACUACCUACUUGGAUAGGAAAUCUGUUAGAUUUGCAAAAUCUGGACCUCUCAAGCAAUGUAAUAUCUGGUCCAAUUCCGAAGUCAAUAGGAAGCCUCCCGCAGUUGCAGAUACUUCACCUCUCAGUCAAUACAAUCUCCGGUCCACUUCCGAUAUCAAUAGGCAAUCUGUCACAUUUGCAGGCUCUGCACCUCACAGCAAAUGUAAUCUCUGGUCCACUUCCCACGUCAAUAGGAGAUCUGGAAAAUUUACGCAUGCUGGACCUCUUUGACAACUCAAUCUCCGGUCCACUACCUACGUCAAUAGGAAAUCUGUCAUGUUUACAGAGCCUGGGACUUGAUGGAAACCCAAAAUUGAAUGGAACCAUUCCAGAAAGUAUCGGACAACUUAGCAAGUUGACGGAUUUGUUUCUUUGGAGUGGUUGGAACGGCAUCAUAUCUGAAAAUCAUUUUCAGAACCUCACAAAAUUGGUACAGUUUGGUUUAUCAUGUCCUGCAUCUAACUCUCUUGUUUUCACCGUCAAUCACAACUGGAUUCCUCUCUUCAAUCUUACGUCUCUCUCUAUCACUGAUUGCAAGCUAAUGAGCCCUGCAUUUCCAGCAUGGCUGAGAACUCAAACAUUCCUUACUAGUAUAACUCUCUCAAAUGUUGGAAUUUCAGACACAAUACCUGAUUGGUUUCUGAGAAAUGCACCAUUCCUUGGAAUGGUGGAUCUUUCUAAGAACCAGUUAAGGGGAAGGCUUCCUAAAUCGGUAAAUUCACUUCUUCGAAGUGUUUAUUUGAAUAUCAACAAUUUGGAGGGUUCCCUUCCAUUUUGGCCAAAUGUAACAGAUCUCAUCUUGGCAAGCAAUAGAUUUUCAGGACCAAUACCCUUGAACAUUGGCAAUCAGAUGCCAAUGUUGUCUAAUCUAGAUCUUUCAAGAAAUAAUAUACACGGUACUAUUCCUUCUUUUUUGAAUAGCACCGAGUUGCAGAGUCUUGACCUCUCAAGGAAUUAUUUAUCAGGAAGCAUUCCUAUGGAUUGGUCGGGGUUAGAAGGCCUCAUAGACCUAGAUCUUUCCAAUAACAAUCUAUCUGGUCAAAUUCCCUUCACUAUGUGCUCACAACUACCAAUGCUUGAAUGGUUGAGAUUAAGCAACAACAAUUUUUCCGGGGAGCUUCCAAUGUUCUUGCAGUAUUGUCAAUGGCUGGGUGCACUGGAUCUUUCAAGAAACAAAUUCUCUGGGGCAUUACCAGAGUCGAUUGGAGAAUGCCUACAAUCAUUGUCAUAUCUACUUCUAGGAGCCAACAUGCUUGCUGGAAAUAUACCUCAACAAUUAUGCGGUCUCUCCAAUCUUCAGGUUUUAGACCUUUCUCAUAAUAAUCUAUCAGGUUCCCUCCCUAGAUGUCUUGGCAAGUUGGAAAAACUGACAAAAGUAGGUGGUUGGCCAACCUUUGUCAUUCCUAUGCAUAUGGAUUUAAAUGUCAAAGGAGUAGAAUACGAUUAUACUUCUGAUCUUGUAGGACUCAUAUACAAGAUAGACCUAUCAAGUAAUAACUUAUGGGGAGAAAUACCGAAGGAGAUAACAAAUCUCACCGCCUUGGGUAGUUUGAAUUUGUCACAUAACCGUUUGACUGGAAAGAUACCAGAUGGUAUCGGAAGCUUACGUCUGUUAGAGGCUCUUGACCUCUCUAGUAAUCAUCUACGGGGUCCAAUUCCUUCAAGCAUGACCUCCAUGACUUCACUAAGCAAAUUGAACUUGUCACAUAACAACUUUUCUGGGCCAAUUCCAUCAACCAACCAGUUCCUUACCUUCAACGAUCCAUCCUCAUUUGGAGGAAACUCAGGGCUUUGUGGGCAUCCAUUGCCAACCGAAUGCAGCUCAUCCUCCAACAAUGAUAAGGAUCCAGAGGUUGAAGAAGAUGAAUGUGAAAAAAUGUGGUUGUAUGCAAUCACAGGGUUGGGGUUCAUUGUGGGAUUUUGGGCUGUGUUUGGCAGCUUGGUGAUAAAGAGGUCAUGGAGACAUGCUUAUUUCAAGUUUCUUGACAAGAUGAAAGAUAGGCUCUCCUUCUGGUAG